AUGCCCGCCGGGCAACUCAACGGGGAUGCCGGAGCCGGCGUCCUACGGCCACGAGCAGUCCGGUCGAGAAACCACAAUGAAGAGCACGUUCUCACUCCGCCAGCAGGCGUGGAUAGAAUAUUAUUAGAUAUACCAAGUGGCCGUUCAACUCCUAUUCCAGACGAUGCGCCUCCCUCUGUACAGUCGAUGUCAUGCGCAAGGAAGCAGAUGCGAGCUCAGGCAAGACAGAGAUUAUUCUACUCCAUUGAAUACAAACCCAGGGUAUCACAUUUCGACCCAAAUAGCGACUAUCGAGAUUUCCAUGGCUUCUUUUCGUUGUUCUGGGUUAGUCUGUUUGUCAUGGUGAUGACAACGGUUGUGCGCAACAUAAAAGAUACCGGUUAUCCAUUUCGCAUACAAGUGUGGUUGUUGUUCUCUGCGAAUGUCUGGCAAUUGGGUUUUUGUGACUUUGCCAUGGUCGCAAGUACCGCAUUCUCUCUUCCAUUCCAUUUAAUCAUUAGAAACGGCGGAGGCUGGCUAAGGUGGUCGAGAGGAGGGGUGGUAUUGCAAAGUAUCUUUCAAUUCGCAUGGCUCUCUCUAUGGGUAGCUGUGCCAUUCCUACUUGAAUGGACUUGGACCGCCCAAGUAUUCUUUAUCUUACAUACGUUAACGCUUCUAAUGAAAAUGCAUUCCUACGCCUUCUACAAUGGACAUUUGAGGGAGACCGAACUUCGUCUAUCCGCUUUAGACAUACCAGAGUCCCAAUCAUUGUGUGCAGCUGUGCGCUAUCCACGGUCUAAGAGUCGGACGAUGGACGAGAGUACGGAAUCGGAGUCUAACGAAACAGAAGAGAAAUUCCAACAAUCGCUUUCCAAACUCCGCUCAGACCUUGCAAAAGAGUUAACGUCUCCUCUCGGCCACGUUUCAUACCCCCAGAAUCUUACCUUGUGCAAUUACAUUGAUUAUCUGCUCUGCCCUACUCUAUGCUACGAACUCGAAUAUCCACGCACGAAGGAAAUCCGAUGGACAGAAGUUUUCUUCAAAACCUUGGCCGUUUUUGGCUGCAUAUUCUUACUUACAAAUAUUAGCGAAGAAUUCAUCAUUCCCGUACUCGACGAAUCUGCGGAAAGGCUGCAGAGCCUUGGCAGCAAGUCCGAGAAGGUUUUGGUCCUGGCAGAAACGAUUAGCAUGAUGUUAUUACCUUUUGUAAUAACUUUUCUACUGGUGUUUCUUGUUAUUUUUGAAUAUACGCUGAAUGCCUUUGCGGAGAUUACGCGCUUUGCAGAUCGCAAAUUCUAUGCUGACUGGUGGAACUCCUGCGACUGGCUGGAGUUCUCUAGAGAGUGGAAUAUCCCUGUCCAUCAUUUCCUUCGACGCCAUGUUUAUUUCUCCUCCUUACAUCACUUUUCCAGCUCUGGGGCAAUGGCUCUUACAUUCUUCAUAAGCUCCCUCGGACAUGAGCUGGUUAUGGCCUGUAUCACAAAGAAAAUUCGAGGGUAUGGGAUUCUUGCGAUGAUGUCGCAGCUACCUAUUGUAGCCGUACAGCGCUCCAGGCUUGUCAGGGGUCGGAAAACAUUCAAUAAUGUUUGCUUUUGGAUUUCCAUGAUUAUCGGUCUCUCCCUGAUGUGCGCACUCUAUGUUCUUGUUUAG